GCCACGGGUUCAACAUUGUGGAGGAAGGCAUGAAGAUCCGCGAGGACUUGACCGUCAUCAUGGUGGCGCCGAAGUGCCCUGGUACCGAAGUCCGCGAGGAGUACAAGCGCGGCUUUGGCGUUCCCACCUUGAUCGCAGUGCACCCGGAGAAUGAUCCCAAGGCCGAUGGUCUUGACCUCGCGAAGGCCUAUGCCGUUGCGACGGGCGGCGAUCGCGCUGGCGUGCUGCUCAGCUCCUUCGUUGCAGAGGUGAAGAGUGACCUUAUGGGCGAGCAGACAAUCCUGUGCGGCAUGCUGCAAACAGGUGCCAUCCUGUGCUUCGAAAAGAUGGUGGCCAAUGGAAUCGAAGCAGCGUAUGCCGCCAAGCUCAUCCAGUUUGGUUGGGAGACAAUCACCGAGGCCCUGAAGCACGGUGGCAUCACCGGCAUGAUGGACCGCCUGGACAAUCCCUCGAAGCUGAAGUGCUUCGAACUGUCCGAGGAGCUCAAAACGAUCAUGCAGCCGCUUUACGCCAAGCACCAGGAUGACAUCAUCACGGGAAUGUUCUCCGAAACGAUGAUGGCAGAUUGGGACAAGGAUGAUGUGAAUCUGCUCAAGUGGAGACAAGAAACCGCUGAGACUGGGUUUGAGAAGACGCCAGCAGGUGACAUGCAGAUCAAGGAGCAAGAAUACUUUGACAACGCAAUCCUUAUGGUUGCAAUGAUCAAGGCUGGCGUCGAGCUUGCCUUUGAGGAGAUGGUAAAGGUCGGGAUGAAGCCGGAGAGCGCCUACUAUGAGUCGCUGCAUGAGACUCCACUCAUUGCCAACACCAUCGCCAGAAAGAAGUUGUACGAGAUGAACAAGGUCAUCUCAGACACUGCUGAGUACGGUUGCUAUUUGUACACGCAGGCCUGCACACCUCUUUUGAAGGAUUUCAUGGCCAAGCAGGACACCAGCGUGAUCGGCACCAAGUACAACAAAGGUGACAACGGCGUUGACAACCAGACUCUCCUGGCCGUGAAUGAAGCCAUCGCAUCUCACCCGGUGGAGGUGAUCGGCAAGGAGUUGCGGGGCCACAUGACUGCCAUGAAGAAGAUUGCCACGGGCGAGUAAACAGGUCAGGCAGAGAAGGUGCACCGCGUGCCCUGGAGGCAGUGCAACUUUCAAGCAACCCGGGAGAAAAGAGUGCGCGCCUUUCGGAUUUGCGGGGAUCUUUGAUGUGAGGGUUGUUUGGGAACAAGCUAGGAGCAGUGCGACAGGCCUUAACGCUUUGGGUUUUCUUUUCCCUUGUGUUUAGGGCCUGGUGUGAAUCUCAUACGCGGUGGCCGUUUUGCUCCUAGCCUUGAACUCAAUCCGCUGGUUUCGAUUGAAACCCACCCUCCCACCCUACUAAGCCUUUCACAAGGCUGGCUCGAGGAUGCAGACGCUCUGCACCUCAAGCCUUGGCUGGAGGGUGGAACAGCUGAUGUCUCGCUGUUGGCAAUUUUCCUUCAAGCUGCUGCUUUCCACUAUGAAUUGAGCAGUCAACAGGAUAGCCCAAAGUACGCAGCGCAGCUUGAAUGCCAGCCUUGCGCAAAGCAUAGCAGACCCUGUUCCGCUGUGCGGCGCAUCACGCAUGUCUCACGAAAUGUGAACAAAUGCAAGUAAUCACUUGCAGACAACUCUUGCAGUGCUCCAGCACUUUGGAC